GUGGUAUUUGAUGUCUAAUAAUGCUGUUACUGCUAUAGCACAUGGAAAAGAUGAUGUACUAAUUGUUCCUCUCCUAUAGGUGUUCCUGGCGACCCACCGUGAUACUCUUACACGGGUGGCAGUGAAGAUGGUAAAGAAGAAGUCGAUGGUUGACAAGCCCACCUCCACCUUGAAAGAAAGAGAAGUCCUGGAAAUGGUGCAGGACAACCCAUUCUGUGCCCAGGCCUAUGCCACAUUCCAGACAGAGAAUCAUUUAUUCUUUGUGUUGGAAUAUAUGGGAGAAGGAGACCUGGAAAUGAGAAUAAAGAAGACAUCUUUAACCCUCCCUACCAUCAGACGCAUGUCGGCAGAACUACUUUGUGGUGUACAACUCUUACAUUCCAGAGGAAUAUUUCACAGGGACCUGAAGCCUGCAAACAUCCUAAUACAUCUCAACGGUCAUGUGAAAAUUGCGGACUUCGGGGCGGCAGAGACUGGAAUGUUUGGACGCUACCUGGAGGAAGACAAUGGAACCCUCCUAUACUAUGCGCCGGAGGUGAUCAACGAAGAGCCACACAAUCAACGGGCAGAUUAUUUCUCGCUGGGGGUCCUACUAUAUGAGGCAGCCUUUGGUGUCCAUCCGUUCUUUAGAGAACGCGAUGUGUCGCGCCUGCUGUUCUCUAUAGUGAAAGAGACACCAUUUUACCCGGAGGACGCGGACCCUAACCUGGUGGAUUUUCUACAGAAGCUCAUGUGCAAAAACCCAGACGAGCGUGAAAGAGCCAUCGCCGACAUUCAACACCACCUUUUUUUCCAAGAUAUAAAUUGGGAGGAGCUGGCUGCAGGGGGGACAGAACCCCCAUUCCCUGUCCGUCGCAAGAGUCACAAUAAACAAAAAAUUAAAAUAAUAAAUCUGGAGGACAUCAUGAAUCAAGACGAGGCCAUCGUGGACCAGCACGAGGCCAUCUCAGCCAGAGAACAGGCCCUGUUCAAUGGGUUCUCAUUCAUCAGUGAGGAAUGGAUAGCCAUCCAAGAAUAGGAAUGAAUUGUAACAUCCAAAGAAAAAAAGAGAUGACUGCAGAAUUGCUGCCUUACAGAUCUACACCAUCUACAUCAAGAGGUUUCCAAAGAAGAAGACCACAGAACAUGGAUCUUCCAUGGACCAUGGGGGGGAAGGGACAAGGGAAAAUAGACAAGAGGGGACAUAAUGGGGUUUUCAGGAGUAAUGGGGAUACCAUUGGAGAAACAUAAUAGGUUGACACUUGGGGUGUGGGGUUGGAAAGAUCUACGCCAUCUACAUAAAAAAAAAAAGGAUUCUAAAAAAGAAGACCACAGAACAUGGAUCUUCCAUGGAACAUGGGGGGGAAGGGACAAGGGGAAAUAGACAAGAGGGGACAUAAUGGGGUUUUCAGGGGUAAUGGGGAUACCAUUGGAGAAACAUGAUAGGUUGACACUUGGGGUGUGGGGUUGGAAAGAUCUAUGCCAUCUACAUAAAAAAAAAAGGAUUCUAAAAAAGAAGACCACAGAACAUGGAUCUUCCAUGGACCAUGGAGGGGGGGGGUGGGUGACAUAGACAAGAGGGGACCAUGAUGGGGGUAGGGAGGUAAUAGUGAUAUCAUAGGAGGAGUGUGAAAGGUGGACACACUUUCUCACUUAUUACAGAUGACUGCAGAAUUGCUGCCUUACAGAUCU